AUGGAGAUCCGGCCGGACAGGUUUAAGGCCGUGGCAGCCAAGACUCUCGGGAAAAUAUACGGAGCUCUUGAGAAGAAGCAGGAAAAUGGCGAGACCAUCGAGCUGUCGGCGGAGGGCCGGCCAGAGUUGGUGGAGGAGAAGGAGAUGCCGGUGGUGGACUGCACGUGCUUCGGCCUGCCCAGGCGCUACAUCAUCGCCAUUCUCUCCGGUAUUGGCUUCUGCAUCUCCUUUGGAAUCCGGUGUAACUUGGGUGUGGCCAUCGUCAGCAUGGUGAACAGCCACAAGAUCUACAAAGACAACAAGGAGGUCAUAGUGGAACCUCAAUUUGACUGGGACCCAGAGACAGUGGGAAUGAUCCACGGCUCCUUCUUCUGGGGAUACAUCGUAACUCAGAUUCCAGGAGGAUUCAUUUGUCAAAAGUUUGCAGCAAACAGAGUGUUUGGCUUCGCCAUAGUAGCCACAUCAUGCCUGAACAUGCUCAUCCCCGCGGCCGCCCGGACGCACUUUGGCUGCGUUAUCCUCGUCAGGAUAUGUCAAGGACUUGUAGAGGGUGUUUCAUAUCCUGCCUGUCAUGGUAUUUGGGCGAAAUGGGCCCCACCUCUCGAAAGAAGUCGCCUGGCCACAACAGCGUUUUGUGGUUCUUAUGCUGGUGCCGUGAUUGCCAUGCCGUUAGCUGGAAUCCUGGUCCAGUACUCAGGAUGGUCCUCGGUCUUCUACGUCUACGGAAGUUUUGGGAUCAUGUGGUACUGUUUCUGGACCCUGGUGUCUUACGAGAGUCCAGCAGCACAUCCCACCAUCACUCCCGAGGAGAGGACAUAUAUCGAAGAGAGCAUAGGAGAGACUGCCCAACACGCAGUAACGAAAUUCAACACCCCAUGGAGGGCCUUCUUCACGUCCAUGCCAGUGUACGCCAUCAUCGUGGCUAAUUUCUGCAGAAGCUGGACUUUCUACUUGCUUCUCAUCAGCCAGCCCGCGUACUUCGAGGAGGUGUUUGGGUUCGAGAUCAGCAAGGUUGGCAUGGUUUCUGCACUGCCCCAUCUGGUUAUGACCAUCAUCGUGCCCAUCGGUGGCCAGCUCGCUGACUAUUUGCGCUGCAACCACAUCAUGACCACCACUAAUGUCAGGAAACUUAUGAACUGUGGAGGGUUUGGGAUGGAGGCGACUCUGCUGCUGGUGGUGGGCUUCUCUCAUACUAAAGUUGUGGCCAUCACAUUCCUCGUCCUAGCUGUGGGUUUCUCUGGCUUUGCCAUUUCAGGUUUCAAUGUCAACCACCUGGACAUUGCACCACGAUAUGCCAGUAUCCUCAUGGGUAUCUCCAACGGUGUGGGCACCUUGUCUGGUAUGGUUUGCCCACUUAUUGUUGGUGCCAUGACAAAGCACAAGACUCGAGAGGAGUGGCAGGGCGUGUUCCUUAUUGCCUCACUUGUACAUUACGGAGGUGUUAUAUUCUAUGGACUCUUUGCAUCCGGAGAGCAGCAGGCUUGGGCCGAGCCGGAGCAGACGAGCGACGAGAAGUGUGGCAUCCUGGACGAGGACGAGCUCGCCAACGAGACGGAGGAGCUGUAUCGCACAAGCGGAGGGGGGGGCUACGGAGCCAUGAACCAAGGUGCGGAUCCUAAUGGAGGCGGUGGCAUGGCAGGAGGAGGAGGAGGAGGCUGGGUCUCAGACUGGGACAAAACUGAGGAGUAUGUACAACCAGCCGGGGCCAAUAAUUACCUUUAUGGAGGAGAGGGGGACCGGGAGUUAACAUAAAACCAGCAGGUCCUCGGCACACAGCCUGUAGUGAGGCAGAAACUGUGCAUCUCACCGGAUGACUUUAAAAGAUGACGGAUUUAUAACGGAAGCCGGGAAGGACGAUUCUCAGCAAGUCUGACAAUAUUAAUACAACUGUACUGAAUUCAAAGAGACUGCACAGUGGAGGUGAAGAAAAUUAGUAGAUGUAAAAUGUGUGUUUGUGAUUGCAAUUGUGUACUUUGUGUGACAGACACUUUAAGUAGGAGAGUAGUAGGACCUGUCAGCCUCCCUGUGAUACCUGUUGGAGACGGGCUGUGUUUUAGGCCUGGUGUGGCUUUUCGUUGACGUGUAUCCAUUGUAAUAAUUAUAGACCUUUAUAUAAGAAUAGACAGGACAUUAGCAACCCUCUCACUAAAGUCAUUCCGAAAUCUCUAGGCGCACAUUGGUCACUAGCGCAUCUGUUGACGGAUGAAAACUUACUGAGUUGUGGAGUUUCUUCAACCCAUAGCCAUGUAUGUACUGUACCUCCACUGAAGUUAAAGUUUUGUCCCUAAUGUGCACACUUUUAAGAAAAAGCAUUUUCCUUGUGCCAAUACAACUAAAUAUUUUUGCUCUCUAGUAUUAAUUUACUUAUCAACUGAGAAGGUAACUGCAAAUAUUACUGUUUUCUGUUGAUAGCCUCAAUACGGAUUAUUUCUAGAUGCAGACGUUUGAAUUCCUCGUGCAAAAAAUGUGUACGUGAGUGGUCACGUCCUUUGUGUUUUCAGGCAUGUUGGAAUGGACGGGGAUUAAAGCUGAUUCAGAGCCAAAAUGCUCAUGUGGACAUAAAUCAUCUUUGUUUGAAAAACGCCAUUUUCAUCAAAAACCCUAGUAGAGUGGAUUUAGCCGUAGAUGAGUCCUUUAAAAAGACGUUCUCUCAAAAAUGCUUCUCAUGUAACAUAUUCUUCAUUCAUAUUAUUCUAUUGUGUCUUUGUUGUGUUCAGGCUCUUCAUGCUCUAAGUGUUAACAUAUUCCCUUUCAGGUGAGAAACUGCUGCCACAGUAUUAAUAACCCUGAGAGCCCCAGCCCCAUGCCGGUCUCUCACAGCAGUGGGCCGAGGCAGCCGUGUGGUGGCGCUUAUGUAGCAUACAUCAAAAUUAACGAGCAAAAAUAGAAGGGGGACAUUUUUGCUUUGCUUAAAUCUAUAGUGCAGAAGUCUCAGGAUAUGUGAAACAAAUCAGUGAAUCAAAGGCCAAUUAAACAUAAGAGGCUGUUAAAGGACAACGUAACAUUUCAUAGUACAUGAGCAAUUUCUUACAUUUUUCUUAGCUGAUGUAUAAUGUAUUUAGCUAUAACCCCAAAGUUAGGGUUUAAUAUAUCCCUGUGUUAGACUGUGGGUUGGGAACUGGCUGUUACUGUUUCAUCAACUGAGUUCACUGAUUAUAUAUGAAAUCAA